UUCACUUUCAUCUUAAAAUACUCGGUGUAUAAAUGGAAGCACUGAUCUGUAAUUUUCUUCCGGCCACAAUUUCACGAAUCCGUAAAUCUUCUCCUCUGCUCGCGUCUCCUUUUCCGCAGGUUCGUUUCCUAGGUUGUCGGAGCUUCGGAAGAACCCUAAAGAUGGCCCACUCUGAUGCUCAAACUCCCGUGGCUCAGCAUCAGAAAGUUAUAGUACACAACAAAAAUGGUGAAAAACUUGUGGGCAUACUUCAUGAUACAGGGUCAGCGGACGUUGUUAUUUUGUGCCAUGGUUUUCGUUCGAACAAGGAAAAUGAUAUAAGUGUAAACCUUGCUAAGACAUUAGAAAAUGAAGGAAUCAGUGCCUUUCGUUUUGACUUUUCUGGAAAUGGGGAAAGCGAAGGUACAUUUAAAUAUGGUAACUAUCAUGGAGAGGCUGAUGACUUGCAUGCCAUAAUCCAAUAUUGGCGUGCAGCAGGUCGUGUCAUAAGUGCAAUUCUUGGGCACAGCAAAGGACGUUAUGAUCUGAAAAAAGGUAUAAAAGAACGCUUAGGGGAUGAUUUUAUGGAAAGAAUUGAAAAGGAAGGAUACAUUGAUGUCAAGAAAAAGCAAGGAGCAGUAGAAUACCAAGUGACAUGGGAGAGCUUGAAGGAUCGCCUAAACACUGAUAUGCAUGAAGCUUGUCUUCUUAUUGACAAAGAAUGCAGGGUAUUCACAAUACAUGGAUCUGCUGAUGAAAUAAUCCCUGUCGAAGAUGCAUUAGAGUUCGAUAAAAUCAUACCGAACCAUAAAUUACAUGUCGUAGAAGGUGCUAAUCAUUGUUACACCUCACAUCAAACAAAGUUAGCCUCAAUUGUCUUGAAUCUCAUUAAAACCGGCCUUCUUCCCAAUUGAUGGUCCUUGAGUAAAGUUCUUUCAGUCUCCAACAUACAGAUUUCUGAUGGAUCUUUUAUUAGACAUGUCCAUAAACAGUUCAAGUUCAACUGAAUUCUAUUUUUGCCUUUUGAUUGGUUAUGGUGCCAUUUUUUUGGAGGGGCUGAAUUUUAUUAGCUAUAUGGAGUAGUGGAUUGAAAACAUUGCAUUUUAGAGAAAGUUUUCUAGAAAAAGGGUCCUUCAUGGAAUCAUUCUUGAAGGUUGAUCUCUAGCCUUUUUAUUAUUAAACUGUAUUUCAUAUUCCUUUUUACUUUGAAUGGCAAUUUCUGUGUAUCUAAAUUUCAAAUUGAGAAUAAAAAUGCUCUUUUGAGUAAA